AUGACUAAGGCUAGCCAAGCAAGACUUCGAGAGAAAGCAAUACAAGAAGGUGAUGGCUUCGGCUAUCCAGUUUCAGCUACAGAAUUUGAUGAAGCCUACGAGAUUUACCUGGGAAAAGUCAUUCGAGACUUCCCCGGCGAUAGCGAAGAUGAUCGAAACCUUAGAGCAGUGAGAUCCGUCGGCAUAUAUUUAUGGCGCAAGAUGACACUGGAGCAGCUAUUACCAGAUCUGUUUUUAGAAGGUUUAUCAACCAUAGCAGAAGAGACUCCAGCAUCAACUUCACCAGAGGCAGCAAGACUUGAAUCAGAAGCAGCAGAGAGUUUAAGACGUGCCACAGCAGCCAGAGAGGAAGCAGAGAAAGCAUCAAUCGCAAAGACACCAGCCCAGCAUCCACAAGCACCACAAGCCACCACCAUGGUUGCUGGUAUGCCCUUGUAUGGUUGGUUGGCUCUUAAGAAAGAAGAUCCAGAAACUGCCAAGAUGUUGAUGGAAGCCUGGCAGGCUGAGCAAACAGAGAAGAAGGCAAGAGAUUUGGAAUUGGAACGAAGAAUGACCGACAAGGAGAAGAACCAGUCCAACUGGGGUCCGGAUGGAUCAUACAGUCAAGCGUUGACGCGCCCCGGCGCAGAUGUCAAGAAGAACGAGAACGAAAAGAAGGACAAAGAAAAGAAAGAUGAGAGUCGUCCAAACACGAAUGAACGACGCAAGCCCGAAGCACCCCUCACGCUUCCACGUGAUGCAGAAGGCAAUCCCUUGCUUUUAUGUCGUCGCUGCUAA